CUUCCUUCGAACUCUCUGGUGGUGAUCUGUGGUGACCUGCGUGCGUAUCACAGUGCAGUACAACUUUCCAACAUGUCUUUCGCAACGAAUGUCUUGUCCAGAGGCCUUGCUACAACUGCAUGGAGAAUGGCUGCUCUAAAUCACAUUACUGUUAUCGGUGGCGGAUCAAUGGGAUCCGGCAUAGCCCAGGUGUCAGCCCAGGCAGGUUAUAAAGUGACAAUGGUUGACCAGAAUGAUGAAAUUCUCAAUAAAUCUUGUGCUAUUAUUAAUAAGAGUUUACAAAGGGUUGUAAAAAAGAAGUUUGCAGAUGACCCAAGUAAAGGUGAAGCCUAUAUUAGUGAUAUCAUGUCAAAGAUUUCUACAACAACGGACAGUUCCAAAGCAGUGUCUAAUACAGACUUAGUCAUAGAAGCAAUUAUAGAAAAUAUGGGAAUCAAGAAGAAGUUGUUUUCAGAGUUGGACAAAGUAGCAAAAGAGAGUACAAUCUUUGCCAGUAACACGUCUUCCUUAUCAAUCUCAGAGAUGGCCAAAGUCACAAAAAGACCAGAGAAAUUUGGUGGUUUGCAUUUCUUCAAUCCGGUACCCAUGAUGAAACUUGUUGAGGUUGUACGCACGUCUAAUACAAAUGAUAACACAUUUGAUACCUUGUUUGAUUACUGUAAGAAGUUGGGUAAAGUACCAGUCAAUUGUAAGGACACGCCUGGGUUCAUUGUGAAUCGUUUGUUGGUACCUUACAUGAUGGAAGCCGUAAGGAUGGUGGAGCGAGGUGAUGCUUCCCCAAAAGACAUUGACACAGGCAUGAAACUCGGAGCUGGCUACCCUAUGGGACCAAUAGAACUAGCUGACUAUGUAGGUCUGGAUGUUUGUAAAUUUAUCUUGGAUGGUUGGCAUGAAGAAUUUCCAGAUCAUCCACUAUUUGUGCCAAGUCCGCUUCUUAAUAAAUUUGUUGAUGAAGGAAAAUUAGGCAGAAAGACCGGAGAGGGGUUUUAUAAAUAUUAGACGUGUUGUGAAUUUAAGUGCAGAAAUUCAGAUCACAGGGUAACUUCACUCCAAAUGUUAAAGUUGGUUGACUGGUUUUGCAGUGAUAUACAUUCAAAUUGAUAAAUUAUAUUUUUUCCUGGAUCUCAAAAGUAAUAUCUCACUUGAUUGGUUUAACUUGAAGAUGAAUGGAAUGUACUUUCUGAUUGGGGGAAAUAAAUUUUUUUGAUUUGAAAUUUGGUGACAAGAAAAA